AUGGAGAAUGCCCCAACUUGCCUCAAGACGGAUGAACCCACCAACAUGAAAGACCAGCUGGCCGAUGUUUUGCCUCGCAACCCUAGGCCAUGGUAUCUCACACCUCAUCUUUUACAACUGAACCUUUGUGUUGGCGUUAUCUUACUAUCUGCCACCACAAUGGGAUUCGACGCUUCCAUGAUGAAUGGUCUUCAAGGCUUGGAUAGCUGGAUGGGCUAUUUCGGUAAUCCGAGUGGCACAUGGCUUGGACUCAUGAAUGCUGUCUUGUUUUUGGGAGGUAUAAUAUUCGCGUUCCCUGCUGCGUGGAUGUCUGACACCAUUGGCCGACGCUAUACCAUCAUGAUUGGUAUAAUCAUCCUGCUAGUAGGAGCAGCAAUCCAAGGCGCGGCACAGAACAUUGCCACCUUCAUAGUCUCUCGUUUUGUAGUAGGCUUGGGAGUCGAAAUCAUCAUCGUCCCCUCACCAGUGCUCAUCACGGAAAUAGCCUACCCCACGCAUCGGGCCAAGGUAACCGGUCUUUUUCAGACAUGCUUCUAUCUCGGUUCAAUUGCUUCGAGUUGGAUCACAUUUGGCACCUUCUCUCUGGCGGGAUCGACGUGGAGCUGGCGCAUCCCCUCGAUCAUGCAAGCAUUCUUCCCGCUCGUGCAACUGUUAGGGCUUUUCUUUGUUCCUGAAUCACCCCGAUGGUUAGUCUCCAAAGGCAAGCUGGAACAAGCCCGCUCUUUUCUCGUUAAAUACCACGCCGGGGGAGAUAGCUCCCACCCACUGGUUGAGUACGAGAUGCAAUCGAUCAUGGCCCAUAUCGAGGCGGAAGUUGAGAUUAUGGGUAUGGGAUGGUCCGUUCUGUGGAAGACACGGGCUGAUAAGAAACGUCUUGCCAUUGCGGGGUUUACUGCGAUUAUAUCACAAUGGUCGGGCAAUGGUAUCGUCACAUACUAUCUGGCACUUGUGCUUGACUCUGUUGGCAUCAAGGAUAGCUUUACCAAAACCCUUAUCAACGGCAUCCUGCAGAUCUUCAACUUUUUUGCUGCCAUCGUCGGGUCUUUCUUCAUUGAUAGGCUAGGCCGCAGGACGUUGUUCUUGAUCUCCUGCUCCGGCAUGCUGGUCACAUUCACAAUCUUCACAGCGCUCUCGGGAGUCUACUUAGAGGGCAAAAACUAUGACUCGAUUGGCCGGACUGUCAUUGCCUUCGUCUUCCUUUACUUUUUCUUCUACGACAUCGGUGUCACCCCGCUUACAUUUGCCUACCCAACGGAAAUCCUUCCUUUCCACACUCGCCAAAAAGGUAUCGCCGUCACUAACAUGUGCAAUACCAUCGCGCUCACAUUCAACACUUUUGUGAACCCUAUCGCGAUUGAGGCUAUUGCUUGGAAGUAUUAUCUCGUCUACCUCGUUUUCCUGAUCUUCAUCACCACCAUCGUAUAUUUGUUCUUUGCGGAAACUAAAGGCCUCUCGCUGGAGGAAAUCUCCGAGGUCUUCGAGGGCCCUACCAUCAUCACGGGAUUGUAUCGACGACGCCACAAGACGGACGAGUUGGCCGAGAGCCACAUCAAGGGCGACAAAAGUGCAGAGGACGUCGUCAAGGAAACAGUCGAGCACUGCGAGAUCAUACCGAAAUAA